GCUGCAUUCAUGUGACUGUUUCACGUGGUUUCAGGGAUAAAUGGAAGAGUAGGAGGGCUUUACUCACAAUCAGUUUUGUUCAGUCCUGUGACAGUUGAAGAGGGGGGAACCUGGAGCUGAAAAUUUGAUUAAGUUCACACCAACAGCUGACAAACUAGCUACAGCAAAAUGUGGCGUGCAGCCCUCCUCUUAUUGGCUGCCAGCUUGUCGGUGAGCCUGGCCAGACCCCGCCUCCACCCACUGUCCAGUGAGAUGGUCAACUACAUCAAUAAGAUCAACACUACCUGGAAGGCUGGUCACAACUUCCAUAAUGUGGACUACAGUUACGUCCAGAAACUCUGCGGUACGAUGCUGAAGGGACCCAAACUGCCAGUCAUGGUUCAGUACGCUGGAAAUGUGAAGCUGCCAAAGGAAUUUGACUCAAGAGAGCAGUGGCCCAACUGUCCCACUCUGAAGGAGAUCAGAGACCAGGGGUCCUGUGGAUCCUGCUGGGCAUUUGGCGCUGCAGAGGCCAUCUCCGACCGCAUCUGCAUCAACAGCAAUGCCAAGGUCAGCGUGGAGAUCUCUGCGGAGGAUCUGCUGACCUGCUGUGACAGUUGCGGCAUGGGAUGUAAUGGUGGCUACCCUUCAGCUGCCUGGGACUUCUGGACCAAAGAAGGUCUGGUCUCUGGAGGACUCUAUGACUCCCACGUUGGUUGCCGGCCCUACACCAUCGCCCCCUGUGAGCACCAUGUGAAUGGUAGCAGACCUCCUUGCACUGGGGAGGGUGGAGACACACCCCAGUGUGUCUUGGAGUGUGAGGCUGGAUACACACCCAGCUACAAAAAGGACAAGCACUUUGGUAAAACGUCUUACAGUGUUCUGUCAACUGAGGAGCAGAUUCAGCAAGAGAUAUCCACUUACGGCCCAGUAGAGGGAGCCUUCACUGUCUAUGAAGACUUUUUGCUGUACAAGUCUGGUGUGUAUCAGCAUGUGUCUGGGUCUGCUGUGGGUGGACACGCCAUCAAGAUGCUUGGUUGGGGGGAGGAGGAUGGUGUUCCCUACUGGCUCUGUGCUAACUCCUGGAACACCGACUGGGGUGAUAACGGAUUCUUCAAAAUCCUGCGUGGAUCAGAUCACUGUAGUAUUGAGUCUGAGGUUGUGGCAGGAAUUCCCAAAUAAAAACUUAAGGUUUGGAGAGGCAGUGUCAUUACAUAAUCACUAGAGGGAGACACACUCGGCUUGCCUAAACUUGGAACUUCUCAACACCUUUUUAACUGCUUUUAGUCGUGACAGUUACAACCCACUGAUCCCCGUGCACACAUAGCAUGAGGUUUUUCUAUUGACAGCAGACAGAAAAAACUUAAGAGUAACCUUAUCUACAUUAAGAUGGUUUUAGUAGAUUGAGUAUGACAGCAACUAUGUGUCACCAUUUUAAAGACAUAGUCAGUCUAAAGGUUGCACAGGAGGAAAGACACAUUAGUACAUUUGAUUUUAUCUCAGGUGAUUUUGGGUGGACCAUAACUGUUUGAAUUCCCCACCCCCGUCACAUGUUUUUGCACUGGUGGAAAGUGUGAGCUGUUUUACAGCUAUGUGAUUGACAUAGAUUAUAAGAUUCUGCCUAAUGGAGCAGAGGAGGUCAGUUUGUUUGAAUGUGUCUAAUUUUAAAUGAUCACAGCCUUCAUAUUGAUUGCCAUUUUUAUUUCUCAGUGCCACCAAUGUCACUCCACAAUGUUAGGAUCUACUCACUGUAAUUUGUGCCUAUUAGUGUUUUUAAGUGUUGAGUAUCAGAUGAGAAAUAUCUCAUCAAUAUCUUUUUUUUUUUUUUUUAAAUAUAUGGAUGGAUAUGAGAUGGAGUGUUGUUGUCUGCCUUUAUAGACCAAAAAUAUUGGCACAUAGCUUUUAUGUUCUGAAUUAAAUAAAAAAUUUUUAAAAAAAUCUGA